AUGGCCGAAGUCGCAGCAGGUGUCAUCGCAGUCGAACAAGUCGUCUCAACCGGCCUUGAAGUCGGCGCCGCUGCGACCGUAGCUCGUCCUACGCAGCCGCUCACUGCAGUCUUGAGCCAAAUUGCUACGACCCCGAAAGAAGAUAACUCUCUGUCUCUUGCGAGAUCUCAUCACAGCGUCAGUGUCAUCGAUGGGAAGGCUUACAUCUUUGGCGGCAAGAAAGAUGACGGUAAACUUUGCAACAACGACAUCCACGCUGUAUCCAUCGACGAUCACCCUGGCGAAGGCGAAUACGCAUGUUACCCAGCCGUAGGCGACGAAGGCCAAAUCCCCUCUCCACGCACCAACCACGCUUCCUGCACGCGCCGCGACACGCUCAUCAUCCACGGCGGCCAAAGCAGCGAUGACGAAUCCGUCGACGAUGAAUUCACCCUCUGGGAAUGGGAACCCAAAGCCGCACGUUGGUCUUCAAUAACCGCUGCUGGAAAAUCGCCCCAGUCUCGCUACGGCCAUCAGAUCUUCUACGAUGGCAAGAAGGACAAUCUUGUUCUUCAUGGGGGGUAUGAGAAUGGCCAGCGGACCAAGACGACGUGGUUGUUUGACUUUACGACGCGUCUUUGGCAUCCUUUGCCCGAUGCGCCGGCUGAGCCUUUGGCGGCGCAGUUUGUUGAAGGGACGCUGUACUCUAUUAGCGCAGAGUCGGAUGUUCAUGGAUCGGUGCAUUACAUCAAACCUGGUUCGAUCCAGGACGAAUCUCUCGAGGAACUUCCGGAGUGGACAACUGUCGAUUUCCCCUCCAACCCUCUCGUUCCCGGUCCUCGCCCCCGGGUCGGUAGCGCUUUGAUCCCCGUAACAACCGGCCACGGACGUCGCUACCUUCUCUACCUUCUCGGCAGCCGCCAAGACGCAUCGAUCUCUAGUGAUAAAGCCUACACCGAGGAACACCCAUUCUACUCCGACAUGUGGACCCUUCAACUCCCCUCCGAUGGAUACAGUGCUACACGGGUCAAAGACGCUAUUCGCGAGACCAUCCCAGGUGUUCAGUCAGGAGCGUUCAGUUGGCAUGAGCUUGAGAUUGCGCCGGCGGAGAUGACGCAAGACGCGGGUAAAGUGCACCCAGGACCGAGAGGGUUCUUUGGCUCUGAUGGGUGUUUGAAUGGGAAGGGAGUGCUGAUGUGGGGAGGCGUUAAUGCGAAGGGGGAGACUGAGGCUGAUGGAUGGUUGUUGAAGAUUUCUUAA